UGCUUUAUACCUGUGGACCGUCCAUGAAACAAUUUUCCUUUCUUUUUUCUCGGUCAGUUCUCACGUGGCGCUUUCUGUUCCUUCCCUCUAUCGCACUUCCCAUUUCACUCGAAAGCUAGGAGGGCGAGAGGGGAGCAUUUCCAUGGCGAUGAUGAUGCGCUCCUCCAAUAUUCGUCGCUCUGUAAUUCCAUUUUCAUCAAAUACUCAGCAUCAUUUGUGGACAUGGACAUCAUCCACAGAUGACCCUCAAGUCACCAACCCAUCAUCUCCUGCUCCUGACAAGAAGAAAGUUAAGAUUGGGGCGCAGCGUUUAUCGUCUGUGGUGGAUGUCAUUAAUGAGAAGAAGCUCCCCCCUGAGCUCCGAGGAAGGGCCAACGCCAUCAGGUCUGAAACCGAUAUCACAAAUGUGGUGGAGCAAAGGAUAUAUCGUUCCAUGAUAGAGGGAGAAUUUGAGAACUUGCCAGGAAAAGGGAAACCCCUUGAUUUGAGAACAAACCCACACGUGGAUCCUGCAGAGGACACUUUAUACAGGAUACUCUCAAAAAACGGAUGCGCUCCAGAGUGGGUCGAACUGAAUAAGGAAAUCCGGAGCCUCAUGGCAGAAUGGCACUCCUCCUUGAAGAAGGCUUGGGAGAUGCGAACAAGUGACGAAAAGUGGAAAGAAGAUUCGGAAGCUCUCAAGGCACAGAUGCAUGGCAUUAAUAAUAAGGUCUUAAGGUACAAUCUCAUGGUGCCAUUUGGCAGGCAGAUGUUUGGACUAAAGUGGGAGAAAGAAGUAGAUCGAUUGGAGAAGGGUGAUGCUUUUUGAGUUAAUUGGCUAAAGCCUUUCUCACACAACCGUGUAAAUAUCUGAAGAAAUGGAGAUGGGGAAGCCACUGAUUACCAAUUGUGGUCAUGUGGAUGUCAGCAGUAAAUUACACAAAUAUCUAUUGCCAGCCUCGUUAAUGUUGUGGUAUUCAUGGAUGAUGAUUCCCUUACACAGUUCACGUCGAUGUGAAAGCGAACUUCGUUAUAGUCUGUUAUUCAAAGCUUCAUCCAACUAGAUGUCAAAGUGCAGAAACGUGUUAAACAUUGUUGUACCACAUUGUGCUUAUUAUGGUGUAAAACAUGUAUAAAUAGUUUAGAAAAUCACUCAAUUUAGAAUUUACUUGCAUGAAUUGAAAACUUGCAUGUAUUGAAUGGUGGUGGUAUUCUCUGAAAUGA